UGGAAGCAUCAUGAGCGAGAUUGAAAGCAGUGAACCACGUAUUUCUGAUGAACGCGGGCGGGGCUCCCGUAGUCGUUCUCGAUCGCGCUCUCCAGUGCGUGAACAAAGCGACAGUAGAUAUAGAAGCCGUUCGCGAUCCAAAGACGUCCAAGAUGAUGUAUUCGAAACCAAUCCAGGAGACAACCUUUUCAUCACCGGACUUUCGGGUAGAACAACAAGUGCUGAGUUGGAAGAAUUGUUCAACAAAUACGGCAAGGUUCAAAAAGCAGAAGUCAUGUACGAUCCUCAUAGCCGUGAGUCACGUGGCUUUGGCUUUAUCCGUAUGAAUUCAACUGAAGAUGCCGACAGAGCCAAGACAUCUGUUAGUGGAACCGAGGUCGAUGGUCGUGUAGUCACAGUUGAGAAGGUAUGUAAAAUAUGUCAAUUUAAGAAUUGAUUAAAAAAGAAAUGCCUUUUUUUUCUAAUAAAUAAAUUCCUUUCAUCAAUGUAGGCUAGACGUGCUAGACCUCGUACUCCCACUCCAGGUCGCUAUUAUGGUCCCCCUAAGCGUGAAGGCGGUCGCGGAGGACGUAAGUACCAUUUUAUAUCCUUUAUUUUAGCCUUCGACAGUUUCUUUGCUUGUACUUGGGUGAUAGAAAGGAAGGAAGAAAGAGAUAGAGUGUGUCCGAUAUUGUUCAUUAUUUUUUUAC